AUGAGCUUAGAUGAAUCUCCUUGCAUGCUUUUACCACAGCCUCUAGUUAUCAGUAACAAUAAUAAUGUAACAGGCAAAAGCAAGAAGCAAGAGAAUGACAAAUAUCUAUUUUAUCCACCCAUCAAUAGCAAUGAUGCGAAAAGCAAUGAUAAAACUGAAGGGAACAUAAAAUCAAAUAGAACUCAAGAGCUUAAAAACUUAUUGAUUUAUUCUAGAAAAGAAACGAUCUUUAAUAAUACUGCAAGAGAAAAUAAUCAUGGUCAAAAGAAUAAACAACCAACAUUUAAUUCAAGAUACUCCCCACAAAGUUCGACUAUGAAAUAUUCCUCAGUUGCCUCACAAAACUCGACUCUAACGCAUACUUCAAUUUCUCCACGAAGAACAAGAACAGUCACACUACUCUCACCUCCUUCUAUUUCUCCUUCACUACUUUCACCUUCUCAAACUUCACAGAUAGCCACACCUCCUCCGCUACCUUCACCUCCAAUUACUCCACGAAGUACAAUAAUAGUCCCACUUUCUCCACUACACUCACCUCCAAUUACUUCACGAAGUAGAACAAUAAUCCCUCCUCCUCCAAUUACCCCACGAAGUACAACAAUACUCCCUCCUCCUCCAUUACUAUCACCUCCCCCAAUUACUCCACGAAGUACAACAAUAGUCCCACUUUUUCCACUACCCACACAUCCAGUUAUCCCACGAAAUACAAUAAUAAACCCUCCUCCUCCAAUUAUCCCACAAAGUACAACAAUAAUCUCUCCUCCUCCACGAAUUAUCCCUCCCCAACAAAGUUCUAGGAAUCCACGCUUACGAAAAUUAAUUUUAGUUCCAACUCCUCCGCAAACUUCAUCUUCGAAGAAUUCUGCUAUAGCUUCAUCUUCACCAAAGUCAAUUCUCCCUCUGACAGCUUCAUCUCCGCGAGGUUCUGCUUUAGCUUCAUUUCCACAAAUGAAAGAAUGUAUCAUAUGUGCAGAGACUUUCGAUAUGACACAAUUAACUCAAAUUUCGAUCAAUUGUCAGCAUGAGAACGAUAUUUGUCAAGAGUGUAUUGCGAGACAUAUUGAACACGAGUUGCAAGCUAAAGGAAACAUUGAAAUUAUAUGUCCAAAUGAGAAUUGCCAAAGUGUGAUGACUGAAGAUGAUGUCAAAAAAUUGUCCAAUGAAACGAUCUUUGAAAGAUAUCAGAAAUUGUCACUCGUGGCUGCACUUUCAAAAAUGGACGAUUUUUAUUGGUGCUUAAAUCCGAAUUGUGAUUCUGGUCAAAUUCAUUAUGAAGGAGACGCCGCACCAAUAAUGACGUGUCAAUCCUGCUUGAAAAAAACGUGUGUUAUGCAUUCACUUCCAAUUCCAGAUGGCUCACUAAACUGUCCACAAUGCAAUAUAACUGAAACAGUUGUUAAUGAGCAAGUCAUUACGCAAGUACCUACAGCUCCACAACUCACCAACCUACUGACCUCGAAUAAUAGCCCUUUGAACGUAUCUUAUGUCCGUGAAAAAAAACCUAUCAAGAAAAAAUCAUUAUUAAACCUUUUCAAAAAGUCUCAUGGAUCAAAAGAGAAACGAAAUGAAACUUGUACUGCUGAAAAUGAUCUAGCUAAACAAAUGCCACAACAAGAGCUAAAGAGACAAGAAGAUUUGCAGAAAAAAAGAAAUAUACAAAUUGAAGCAAAAUCAAAAGCCUAUAUUAACUCUAUGACAAAAAAGUGUCCGAAAUGUAAGGCUAAUAUUGAAAAGAAUAAUGGAUGUGAUCAUAUGACGUGUCGCGCGCCUAGAUGUGGAUAUGAAUUUUGUUGGCUUUGUUUCGCUGAUUAUAAUGCUAUUCCCUACGCUUCAAAGAAGAAAACUGAAAACAUUUAUCAGCCAACUAGGAAUAAAACUGAGGCGAAUUCCAAUCCUACGUAG